AUACUUUGAUUUUAUUAGUUGAAGGCAAAUAUAUCCAAUAUUUGCAGUAGGAGGUUUUUUACGUAUUAUAAAAUGGCUUAUCAGUUCGGAAGCGAUAACAUAAGGAAUGCAGAAUAGUGAGGAGUGAUCUCGCGAAAAUAAUUUCUAUAUAUACAGCAACUUGUAUUCAGAAUGAUUUCCAAAGAGUUAAGGUUUCGAAGCGUGAUUCAUACGUGUUUAAUUUGAUAAUCAGUGGUGAAAAAAGCCAACGCAACUAGUAAUUUAACAGAAGGAAACGUAAAAUACAAAAAUGAAGGACUCAAUCAUAAUUGCUGUUUGUAUUUUAUUUACUUAUUGUCAGCGUUGCGCAAUUGCAACUGCAAAUUUGAACAUUAAACGAAAUAAUAUAAUUACUUGGUGUACCGUCAGCAAUGAAGAAUUCUAUAAAUGUGGAAAUUUUUCGGAAGCAGUCCAAAUCGACAGGAACUCAUUUUCUCCGAAACUAUGGCUCCAAGUUGAAUGUUUACAGGCUGCUAAUAAGGAAGACUGUAUGUCCAAAUUGAACGACGAAUACGCGGAUAUAACCACUCUGGAGGCCGGUGAUGUGUUUAUUGGAGGAAGAUAUUUUAGUUUGUUACCAAUCAUGCAGGAAUUAUACGACAAUGGACGUUGGUAUUAUUAUUCGGUUGCUGUGAUAAAAAAGAACACAUUGCCGGAUGUUCGGAGCCUGUAUGAUCUUCGCAACAAGAAAGCAUGCUUUGCCAGUGUUGGUAGUGUGGCUAGUUGGGUGAUUCCUCUUGAAACACUCAUGAUUGAAGGAGGUCUCGAAGUGAUGGAUUGCAAUAAUCAUGUUAAAUCUGCUAUAAAAUAUUUCGGACCCAGUUGUGCGGUUAAUUCGUUGAUCGACAAAUACAAUCCUAUCGGUGACAAUUCUAAUAAAUUAUGCGAAUUAUGUAUUGGAAAAAUUCCUGGAGGCCGAUGCACAUCAGCAGAUCCUUACGCCGGUUACGAAGGAGCUUUUCGAUGUCUAGUGGAAACGGGUGAAAUAGCAUUCCUGAAACAUACCACUGUAAAUGAAAUGAUUUCUCAAACAUCCGAUUUUGUAUCCGUUGGUCUUAACGAUUUCGAACUUCUAUGUAGAGAUGGAUCUCGACGCCCUGUCACCGAAUACGAAAAAUGUAAUUGGGGCCGUGUUCCAUCUGACGCUGUGGUUGUAUCGUCUGUUAAAUCGAACAACGUGACCAAGAUCUAUCAGGAUUUUCUUCUAAAUGCUGUGAAACUGUAUUCAUCGGCUAAUGUCACUAAUACAUCUGUGAAUUCGUUUUCACCAUUUACUACCCCAGCUAGUCAUUCGCAGUUUCGCAGUAACUCUUCCUUCAAUUUUUUCGAAUCUGCUCCGAAGUAUGGUCAUAAACAUAAUUUGUUCCUACAGGAUCGAACAAAAAACUUGGUAUCUUUAGAAGAAAACAAGCAGACGUAUACUGCAUAUUUAGGAGAUACUCUGAAUUCCACACUACAUAUAAGGCAUUGUCCCAUUGAGAAAAUGACUCUAUGUGUUACUUCCGAUUCGGAAUACGAAAAAUGCAUUAAAAUGAAGAUAGCUUUGAAAUCGCAACUUUUGAAACCAGAAAUGUUUUGUUAUAAAGCACGCAGCCACAUUCAUUGCAUGCAAGCGAUAAAGAAUCGCGAUGCAGAUGUAGCAGUAUUUGAUGCUGGUGAUGUGUAUACUGCGGGUUCGUUAUAUGAUCUAAUUCCAUUCAUAUCGGAGGUUUAUAACUUGGGUGUUCCUGAGUACUACGUCGUAGCUGUGGCUAAAGAAGAAGAUCCGUCCACAGAGAUGACCUAUUUGAAAGGAAAGUAUACGUGUCAUCCUGGUGUUCAUACCGGAGGAGGGUGGAUUAUACCGAUGGCUUAUUUGAUAUCAAAUGGUUGGAUUCGUAAAUAUGGGUGUGAUUCGGUACGUGCAGCUGUAGAAUAUUUCGGUAAAAGUUGUGCUCCGGGAGCCGCGAGUUCAGAAUACGUUUCCGGUAAAGGUUAUGAUAAUCUGUGUCAUCUGUGUCAUGGCACCAGUUAUAAAUAUUGUCAACGUGAUGCAAACGAAGAUUAUUACGGAUUCACGGGUGCGUUCAGAUGUCUCGUUGAAGGUGGAGGUCAUGUAGCUUUUCUGAAACAUACCACAGUUUACGAAAAUACUGACGGAAAACGUCGUGAAUGGUGGGCUCGUAAUACUCUCAGUGAAGAUUUCCAACUCUUAUGUUCCGAUGGUACUCGGUCAGCGUUAAAUAACUACCAAAAAUGCAACAUAGGUAAAGUAAAGGCAAAUGCUAUCGUUACUCGAGGCGGAGACCUGUAUAACGAACGAGAAUUGAAUGCUUUCAUCAACUUAUUUGUGUACGCGCAACAAUUUUUUGGCCGAAAGAACGACGAGGAAUUCAGCAUGUUCAUGUCACCUUCGCCAUACAGUGAUCUCAUUUUUCAAGACGCUACGCAGCAGCUUCGUGUCAUCGAAUCGACCUACAGGAGCUAUGACAAGUAUUUGGGUAGUGAUUUUAUGCGAGCAAAGCGUAUUGUUGAUUGUCGCGCUUCGGGGUCUGCGUAAUUUAUUUUUUUUUCCUGUCAAGAAUUAUUUUUUUCAUUUUUCGGCACACUUUUUUUUUUAAAUUCAGGGUAUUGAAUUUUUAUUAUGUGUUCUAAAUUAAUACUCUCGCCAUUAUGAUGGCCAAUUGUUUAGUCUUUUUGCUUUCAACUAACAAUUCUUUUAACUUUUCCCGAUGAAUUAUUUUCAUAUGGCAAUGUACCUACUAAUGUAGUUAUUUUUAAUCAAGAAUUUUUGUGUUCUGGACUGAGCUUGACUACCUUAUCAAGUGACUUUGAUCCUUAGAAGAAUACUUUAUCUCUGAUUGCUAUUAUAUUUCGAUAAAUACCCAUCUACCCACUUAUUCUUCCGUCCUUCGAAUCUUCCGUACGUCAAUUCAAAUCUGAAUUCAUGUGUUAAUAUUUUUGAGACAUGAAGUAUGUGUGUUCGUAGUCAGCAUGAGCUCUCUUGUUGCUUUUGUUUUUUGCAUUUUUACUUACCCUUUUCAUCUUUCAAUACAUUAAACUACUCAGGGUUGUUGUGAUCCGGAUCAUUACGUGAUCCGGAUCAUGAUCCGGAUCACAUUUGAGUGAUCUGUAUCCGUGAUCCGGAUCAUUUUCUGCAGUAGGAAUCGUGAUCCGUGAUCCGGAUCAUUAUUCCACAAGGAUUCGUGAUCUAUGAUCCGAUUCAAAAUUUUCCGCAGAUCAUUUUUUCACGGAUCCUUUUUUUUCACCAGUAAUGCUGCAUUGCUGCAUGUUUUUGCUUUGAAAAUUCGAUUUUAUUAAAAAUUAAUGGAGUUGAACUCAAUUUGUUGGAUAUUGAUGUAGGUAAAAUCGACGUAAUGUCAUUGAUUUUUCGCUAGGAUGCCUAGUUUUUUAUUUUUUGGCAAAAAACCGCAAGUAAAGCUUUUUGAAAAUUAUUUUUUGAAAAAUUUGCACACUGUGUUUCAUAAAAGUCAAUCUGGAGGCGAAAGGAAGCGUCCUACGAAAAAAUUACACAUGACCAAAAUUGUAGAGAAUUAAAUUUCCAAUCGACAUGAUCUCAUUAGUUUUUCUCUAGGAUGCUUAGUUUUUGAUUUAUUGACAAAAAACUAAAAUUUUUUGAAAUGUAAAAAUUUCAUUUUUCAAUUUCUGCAAAUUUUCAAGCUGAGGCUGACUUUUUCCCACCCCUGUAGGUAUAAUGUGUUAUUGCAAAUUUUUUGAAAAUAAAAUGGAGACUAUUUCGUUUUUUCACGUUUUUGUUCAAUCUUCAAUUAAUAAAACCAAUUUAGUACCUAGUACAAUUUCCUUGAAAUGAUCCGAAAAACGAUCCGUGAAAUUUGAUCCGAAUCACUUUUUUCUGGAGUGAUUCGUGAUUCGUGAUCCGGAUCACAAUUUCCCGGAAGAUCUUUGAUCCGUGAUCCGGAUCACAAAUUUCUCGAUGAUUCGUGAUCCGUGAUUCGGAUCAAAUUUCCGUGAUCCGCAACAACCCUGAAACUACUUAUUCGUGGAUUUUCUAGUGGUUAAUUCUUUAGUGAUGUUUUCGUGCCUUAUUAACUGAUCCAGUAUCUCUUAAUUAUUGCGUUGUGUCAUAUGUAUUUUUCUAGUCUUUCAUACUUAUUAUUUUUAUUGUUGAAAAAUUCAUAUUUUAUUCUUAACUUUCAUUUUUUUGUAUUAAUUUUAUACUACUUAAAUGUGAUUUUUUUUGUACCUGACAACAAAAUACAUUAACAUACGAACUA